ACCAGGUCCUGCUGCCUCUGUGAGUGUCCCCCCAGAGCCUGGAGACACCUCAGCAGGAGGAUGAGCUCGUGUCCGUGGUGGAUUCCUGCUGUCACCUCAUUUGUCACCUCGGUGCUCCACGCUCUCCUCUUGCUGGCCUUUUACAUCAUGCUCAGCAGGAAAAUUGGAGGGGACACGGCACAAAAACCUGGGACACAAAAACCUGGGACACAAAAACCUGGGACACAAAAACCUGGGGCACAAAAACCUGGGAGACAGAAUCCAUCAGCAGCCUAUUCAGGGAGCAGUGACACAUCUUCAGACACCUCAGAGGACUCGGACAGCCCUUCCUGCCCUCAGGGCCCUGGCUCAAGGGAAGACAUCCAUUACACAUCCCUGGUGUUCCCAGGGAAAAGCCACGAGCCAGGCUCUGCCCAGGACUACGAGAACGUCAAGACUGGCGUGGAUUACGUCAACGUGGACCCAAAGAGGAAGAAAAUGAAUUUCUGGCCCUUCUCCAGCCCCAGGGCAUCCAAGGGUGUGGAGUACACCGAGGUGAAGCUGUGACACUGAGAUGAAGCUGUGACACUGAUGUGAGGCUGUGACACUGAUG